UCUCUCCUCCACUCAAACGUGUUACAAGACUGUGGCGUCGCGUUUCAUGUUCGAUGAGCUCGAUCGCCAUUCGUUUUUAACCGUGAGGGUCGAUGUUCGACGUUCAGGUGUUUUUGUAGACGGUCGGAAUCAGACCAAGUUGAAGACUGAUAUGAUGUGAGGACGAAGUGUUCUGAGUCAACAACGCGAGACGCCGCGGAGUCCUGCAGGGAUCAGUCGGAGAGGAAUUUGGUUUCUCCAGAGAUGAAGCGCCGCCCGUGAAGAACCGUGUGUGGAGGAUUCUCACAUGAAUAUGUGAUGCUUCCAGACGACCAGCACCAGCACGGUGGUGAGGGAAGAUCGGAGCAGAGGGUGUCUCCAGAGUCAAGAUCUUCAUGAGACUCUCUCUGAUCGGGACCUGGUCUGAAGAGCUUCUUGAGAAGACGACCAACGACUGUGCCACAAGUUGGUCGGAACGUGGAGGCGAGUCCCGUCUGCAGUUUCCCAAGACCCUCCAGAGGUCUGGAACCAUAGACUCUUUUGGUGGGGUCCACUGUGGACCACCCAGUCUUUGUGUAACCAUUUGAAUCUGAACAUGUGACCGCACAUCUCCGGAUGUUCCUCUCCUGGUGACACGCCAUGGUGAUGUCACAGGGCACCUACACCUUCCUGGCCUGUUUCGCUGGGUUCUGGCUGAUCUGGGCCGUGGUGGUUCUGUUCUGCUGCUUCUGCAGCUUCAUGCAGCGGCGUCUAAAGCGCCUCCGCGAGCGGCGUCUGCGUGAGCAGUGUCUGAGGUCGGCGGAGAUGGAGCCACUCAACUGCCCACACCCUCCAGCGCCCCCUGCUGCCCCGCUGCUUCCUCCGUCUCUGUCGCAGCAGCAGCAGCAGCAGCAGCAGUCACGGGACGCCGCGCAGAUCCUUGCUCCCCAAACUGUGUCGCCCACCGUCCCUCUUCCAGUUCCUCACCCCAUGCCUGAGGCUAACUGGGUCACACUGCCAGACACAGAUGCAUUCGGCAAGCCGCCAUGUUACGAGGAGGCAGUCCUGAUGGAGGACCCACCGCCCCCCUACAGCGAGGUCCUGGCUGACCCUCGAGCCCCCUCCUAUGUGAAGCCCGCCCCGCUACGAGCCGCGGCCUUGCCCCAAAGAGAGCAUCCAGUGGUGUUCGAGACCAGCAAGAGCGCUCGGAUGUUCCCGGACCGUGGCUACUCUUCGCUGAUCCGCCUGCCUUCCUCCCAGCGCUGGGACUCUCUGGGCCACCUGCUGUCCAACAUGGAGUUGAACCACUACACUCCGCCCGGGGCCCGGUCCCUCCACGCCACUAGUGCGAUGGCCACCAUGCCUCGCAGGGACCACCGGACUCAGAGGUGCGUUCAAGCCUCUCGGAUGGGACAACCAGAGGCGGGGCACAGACUCCAGGGUGCAGCACAGGGCUGCCACGGGGGGAUACAUGGGCUACAAGGAGGGACACGAGGAUUCCAUGUUGGGAUAUCAGGGUUUCAUGGGGGGACGCAGAGUCUCCCGGGGGUAAUUCCGGGUCUGCCGCGGGAUCCACGGGGGAUUCAGGGUCUGAGUGGCCUGGAGCCCUCCUGUGGUCUGCCCACUGCCUUCCCUCUGCUGGGACGCAGCACUGCCGUCUAGACCCGGGGGAGUCUGAGCUGACUUGCGGCUCGAUGAGCUCCGGGUCAGCGGUUGAAUUCCCGGUGAAGCUGAGUCACGGCACCAAGCUAAUUGGUUCUGAGAGAGAGGGCCGGACAAAAGAGACCCGCUUCCUGACGACUGUUUUCAUCUACCUCCUCGUCAUCUCUCCGUGCUCUUCAUCGGCGCGCGCCUCGACAACCUAUUGUGUGAUGCUGCCGUUGCCAUGGAGCCCGGAGCAGUCUGUUGCCACGAGGACCUCGCUGCUCAAUCCACUGUUUCAUUUUUGCUGCUCGCUUCCAGAACCUGGGGGGUUCUGUUCGACCCACUGAGGAGAAGUUGUGUUGCUCAGACGAUUCAGCCACGAGUCGAACACUUGUACAAAAUCCUUCAGAAUGAAAACUACUAUUUAGUUGGGGCUUCACCCAAGUCUUAAGACUUGGGACCACCUGCUGCUCUUCCGCUACUUUUCUACAAACUGCUUCUUGGAACCUUCGCAGGCUUCCACUUGGUGUAGAUCCACCUUUUCUAAAAUGUGUUUCAGUGUCUGUGAAAUAAAAGGUUGCAGUUAGCAACAGCACGUUUAAGUAUUUCCAGUUGCAGGUGAAGCUGUGACGUUCCUGAUCCUGGGGUUCUAUCAGAGGCCCGUUUCAAUGGUGUCCGGAGAACAUGAUUUAAAAAAAACACUAACACGAUAGGACAAUAAAGACAGUCUUUUCACCCUGAAAUAUUUACUCUCAAAAUGUUUCUCCCAAAAUAAAACCUUUUU